CAGUUCAUCCUCGUGCUGAAAGGUUUUAACAUCAUUGGGCUGAAAGUGCUGAUCACGUGAUCACGGAGUCUCCAGUGUCGUAAAAAAAGGUGCAAGAUCAUCAUCAGCAUCCUCAUCCUCACUCCGAGCUGCAUCCGGAUCCGGAUACACACACACACACACACACACACACAGAGAGAGAGAGAGAGAGAGAGAGAGGAGAAGAAGUAAGCGGAAGCACGCGCUGGGACGAGAGGCAUCACGCGCUCGCAGGACGCGCUCGCAGGAUCUCCCUCCAGCAGGUGAACACAAGACUCUACUGAUCCCUGUGACUCCAGCAGAGCCAUGAAUUUCGUAAUGAAGGCAGCGCUGGGAGGUGGGCCUCCGGAUGUGGGGAAGAUGUUGGGCGGAGAGGAAGAUAAAGACCCCGAGGCAGAGAAGGAGAAAGAGGAGGAGAGGCAGGAGGCUCUGAGGCAGCAGGAGGAGGAGAGGAAGGCCAAGUAUGCCAAGAUGGAGGCUGAGAGGGAGGUGCUCCGCCAGGGCAUCAGGGACAAGUACGGACUGAAGAAGCGUGAGGAGGCCGAGGCCGAGGCUCAGGGUGCGAUGGACGCAGCGAGUGAAGGCAGUCUGACCCGCCCGAAGAAGGCCGUGCCGUCCGGCUGCGGAGACGAAGAUGAAGAGGAGGAGAGCAUCUUAGACACAGUGAUGAAAUAUCUACCAGGACCACUGCAGGACAUGCUGAAGAAAUAACACACACACACACUCACACACACACACACACACACACACACACACAACAGCACCACAGCGCACAAGCUCAGCUUUAGGUUUAAUAAAGGUUGAGAAGAUCGUAUCCCGCGCUUCCGCUUUGUAACAGCAGAGGGCGCAGUUCCCAGUCUCUCCAUCCUCCUCUCACACAGGAUCAGUGUGUCAAUACAAUCUCGGCUGUGUCCCAAACGCCCGCCUUCACCCUCCUCCUGAAACAGACCUGAAGCGAGCGUUUGGGACGGAGAAGGUUUCACUCUAUAAGCCAUAUCUGACCUUUAAAGCAAAGCUCUGAGUCAUUCUCACCACAGAGAAGUGAGCAGGCUACACACGUGUGCAUGAAGCCUAGCCUCCUUUUACUCUUUUCUACUCUACACCUGGACGUGUCCCAAAUCCACAGAAUAAUAACCACUUCAUCUAUGCAUGUGUCUGUAAUAAUGUAGGCUGUGUGUGUCCUUAAGCUCCUGUUCAUGGUGCAGUGCUCAAAGUAAUAUAAUGAAGGCAAUAAAGCUCUAGUAUUAUUAUUAUUAUUAUUAUUAUUAUGCAUUGUUAAACAUACCAAAAACACAGGCUUCUUUCCUUCUUCCUUCCUCCCUCCCUGUCUUUCUUUCUUCCUUCCUCCCUCUGUGUCUGUCUGUCUUUCUUUCUGUUUCUUUCUUUUUUUUCUUCUUCCUUCCUUCAUUCAUUCCUUCCUCCCUCCCUGUCUGUCUUCCUUCCUCCCUGUCUUCCUUCCUGUCAGUCAGUCUGUCUUUCUUUCUGUUCCUACAGCACAUACACACACACAAACUUCAGGUAAAAGAAGAAGAUGAAUAUCAGUUCAUUUCUAUAAAGUUCUAUUUCUUUGUUUUGUUUUGUUUUCUGGAAUCUUCUCAGCAAUAAUCACGUCUUGUGUUUGCUUGGCUUUUUGUGAAAAGCGUGAAUAACAGAACCCGAGUGAAAUAAAGGACUGUUUAAUGAG